AUGUCGUCCAACAACGAAUCGCGUUGGUGGUGGUGAGUACUUCCGCUCGAUUGCAGUCUGCGACAUGAAACACGUACCUGGUUCAACCAGCUCCGUGGGUGGCUGUCGUCAUCGCGUCUCGGCCGGCCAAGAGGCAGCUCGUGACCAUCGAUGUAGCUCUAGAGCGUGUACCGUCUGCGGAACGGUGGACUGACCAGAUCUGGUACUUUGUACAGUCACGCCUGCGGACAAGAACAACCCAUCAUCCGAGCACCCGAACCGACCUGCUCCGUAUGUCGCGACUCGUUCGUCGAAGAGGUCAGUUCCAGCUUGCACCACACCUCCACCAUCCAAAUCUCAAGGCUCAUUCGCUGUUCAUCCCUCCCUCAGGUGGAAGAAGACUCGAACGAUGACCCUCGAGACUUUGGUUAUCCAGAAGCACCCGGGAUGGAUGUCAACGAUGGGCCGUUUGGCUUCUUUGCAGCAGCAGCAGCUGCCGCUGGGCAAGGCGGGGCUGGUGGAGCAACGGGCGCAGGAGGAGUUCCUGCACUACGCAUCAUCACCCAAGGACCGGAUGGUCAAGCAAGAGUCAUUCAAUUCGGUGGACCAGGCGCGGCUGGGAAUGCUCAGGGCGGGAAUGCACCUGGGGGAGGGCUGAUGGGUCUGUUGAGGGCCUUUGGAGCGGCAGUUGGCGCCGCUCAGGGGCGACCGAACCCAGAACCAGCUCAGCCAGCGGGUGCAGGCGCACAGGCACACGAUGGAGGAGCGGGUGCAGCUGGUCGAGCAGCAGAGCAGAGGAGGAGGAGAGAGCAGGAGGCCCACGAUCUUGGCGAUCCGGAUGAUGAUGAUCUACCCUACGGUGGCCAGCGACAUGGUGGCGACGCUCAGCGACCGAGGGCAGAAGGAGACGAGAUACCCCUACGGAACCUUGCGUGAGUCCAGGUGGGCGCCAUCAGUAAGUUGGAGACUGUGGCAUCAUCUGAUCAGGAGAAUCGACGCACACAGCGCGUUUCUCGGUGAAGCUUUCGGAGCUCCACCCGUCGACCCAGCCGACGAUCCUCGCAAUAACCCUUUCACCGAGGGUGGGCACAAUGACGAUGACGAAAACAACAACGACAAUACCCAAGGCGGGAAUGGUGCAGCUCAACAGGGUCGCGGUGGUGUACCGGGAGAAGGAUCGCCGUUUGACUACUUCAUUCAGUUGUUGAACGCCUUCGGCGGAGGAGCGGCGGUACCUUUGGCGAGCAACCCAAGGGACUAUGCUUGGGGUGAGGAGUCGUUUCAGAAUUUGCUGAAUGAUCUCAUGGCACAUGUAAGUGCUUCCAUUCAAAACUUUACCGUCAGCACAAAACCUCACUUCUUGCGUGCACAUUCCAGGCUUCUGGCCGAGUUGGCCCUCAACCGGCAUCCAAGGAGAUGAUCGACGAGUUACCGAGAGUCGCCGUCUCUCAAGCCAUGAUCGGUGAGCAAGUCCGGAAAGGGCCAAUAUCUGACUAGAAAGCUGAUUGCACAGCGUCCUUAUCCGACAGACGACCCCACUUCGCACUUCCAAGACUGCACGAUCUGCCAAGACCCGGCAACCGUCGGCGACCGCUUCCUCGUUCUUCAAUGCAAGCACGCCUUCCACGACGAAUGCCUGGUCCCUUGGCUCGAACAAUCGGGGACGUGUCCUACAUGCCGAUUUCAACUUGUGCCGCAACCUGUCAAUGGUGUGCUUCCUGCUGCUGCUGCCGAUGGAGCCGCGACUGGAAACCAAGCUAGAACUACCGCGACGGCGUCGGCUUUGAAUAGCCGAACCGAGGCCGAAGCAAGUGGGAGUGGCAGUGGUGGCUCGAACGCAAGUGAUGGGGAGGAUACCUCAGGCCUGCCUGGGAGCUGGCCCGAUGUUGAGCGUUCCCGAUCGGCAUCUCGAGCUGCGGGAAGAGCCAGGGCGGCAGAGGAGGAGGAGAGGGAAAGCUUGCCGAUUGAUGAUCUCGAUUGA